UUCUGCGCAUUUGAUAAGAAAAAUCAGUUUAGACAUGCAUUCCAGUAACAAGACACUUGUUUUACAAGACAAUACUAAUAUUUAUGAUGUAAUAGAAAAAAUCGUGGAAAACCCGAAUUAUGAUGAGCCGUUUUUCAUUUGCGACAUCGACCAACUCAUAUGGAAUGUCGAAAAUUGGAAAAGGCUUAUGCCUAGAGUUGAAAUAUUUUACGCUGUUAAAUGCAACUACAACCGAGAAGUGUUAGAAACAUUCGCAGCUCUCGACCUAGGUUUCGACUGCGCUACCAUGGACGAGAUCAGUAAAAUUAUCGCCCUGGAUGUUUCCCCGAAUAAAAUAGUCUUCUCCAACCCCACUAAAAUUAUAGAGCAUCUCGAAUACGCCAAACAAACCGGAGUUAGGGCUAUGACUUUCGACAACGAGGAAGAACUGUACAAAAUUAAAAAACACUACCCUGAAGCAGAGUUAUUGUUGAGGAUUAGAUGCGACGACGAAUCGGCCAAAUAUGUACUCGGUAAAAAAUUUGGAGUACUCCCUGGUAGUGAAGCUUUGGAUUUACUGAGGUUAGCUAAGCAACUCGAAUUAACUAUUAUUGGUGUACAUUUUCACGUUGGAUCCGGCUGUUCAGAUUAUUACGCCUAUUACAAAGCCUUAUGUGCCGCAAAGGGGGUAUUCGACGCUGCUAUCGAAUUAGGUUUUCCUGUAAAACUAAUUGAUAUCGGCGGGGGUUACCCGGGAGAAACCAUUAAUCCAAUCGAUAAGAUAGCUGAAACCACAAAUGCAGGCUUACUGGACAAUUUUCCCGAUUUAUCGGUGAAAAUAAUCGCUGAACCGGGAAAAUAUUGUUGCAAUACACCCUACAAAUUGGUAACACAAAUCCAUUCAAAGAAAAUAGUGAUUGAUGAAAAUAACAAAAAAAUUCGAAUGUAUUAUGUGGACGUGAACGUUUAUAACAGUCUAUUUUCUGUACUUUUCGGCGAAUAUUACAAAUUUCGUCCUGUUUGUGAGAAUAAAAACGCACAGCUGCACCCUUGUAUAAUAUGGGGUUCAACCUCUGACGUCAAUGACAAAAUAACCGAUAAAUUCGAUUAUUUACCAGAUCUCAACAUAGGCGAUUGGUUAAUAGUAGAAGAAACUGGCGCUUAUACAGUAUCGAUAUCUUGCGAAUAUAAUGGUUUAUCAAUGCCCAAAUCAUGCGCUGUAAUCAGCAAAAAGAAUUGGUCCUUUUUAACAACGAAAGCGCCUAAACCGAUACGAAAAGAGAAAUUUACAUUCUCUUUAAAUGAUUUUUUAAAAGAUCGGGAUCAACCUGCGAUUUUCAGAAAAAUAUAUUUUUAAUUUUUUAUAACUAAAACUGUUUUGAGGUAGCAGAAAAUAAGAUUAAGCAUAAUUUUUAGCAUAAAGCGUAAAUAAAGUUUAAAAAAUAGAUAAAGC